CGUUCGUCCGUCGGUUUGCGCACACCGAUGUAGCUAACGAACCUCCGCGGUUUGGUGGCGCGCUCGCACUUAUCGCUCGCGACGCUUUUGUCCGUUCUUGCCCAUAACACUUCGACAGUGUCGUCUGUAAAGGCGUACUGGUUAUCAUAUAAGGUACCCUAUAACAUAAAUAAUAUACGAGUAUUAUAAUAUAAUAUAUUGUUGUCCGCGGGUGACAUGAAUCCGACCGUUGCGCUUCGGCACGCGGCGGCAGUGCUGGCCGCGGUGGCGCUAAUGUCGGCCCGCCCCAGUCACGGUAUGGCGUACACGGUUUUUCAAGCAGUGGUCGAGUACUACCGGACGAUAGCGCCGGAACCGGUGGACGCGGUGCCGGACGCGCCUUACAUUGACCGGCAGUACGACUUCGUGGUGGUAGGCGCCGGUUCCGGUGGCUCGGUGGUGGCCAACCGGCUGACCGAGGUGGGCGGCUGGACGGUGCUGCUGAUCGAAGCCGGUGGCGAGGAGAACGCCAUGACGGACGUGCCGUUGUUGGUCAGCUACCUGAUUGGCACAGGAUUCGACUGGGACUACCGAACCGAACAGCAGGACGGCGUGUGCGGUGCGAUGGAGGAUCGCAAAUGCCGGUGGCCGCGGGGGAAAGUGAUGGGUGGCACCAGCGUCAUCAACUACAUGAUGUACACGCGGGGCGUGCCAGAAGACUACGAUCGUUGGGCCAGGCUGGGCAACGUUGGUUGGAGUUACGACGACGUGCUGCCGUAUUUCAAGAAGUCGGAGGACCUGGGAGAUGGCCGGGUGGCCGCGUCGCCGUUGGCAGCGCACAUACACGGCCGCGGUGGGUACCUCAAGGUUCAGGAGCCAUCGUGGAAGACGCCUCUUGGACCGGUGUUCCUGCGCGCCGGCCGUGAGCUAGGCUACGAGACUCCGAUCGACUAUAACGGGCCGCGGCCGCUUGGCUUUUCGUACGUGCUGGCCACGACAGACCACGGCACACGGUACAGCGCGUCCAAAGCGUUCCUGCGACCAAUCCGGCACCGGCCCAACCUAACCGUGAUCAAGCGAACGACAGUCACCAAGGUGCUCAUCGAUCCCGGCACGAAACGUGCGUACGGCGUACGGUUUGUCAGGAAUCGUCGGACCUCCUCGGUGUACGCCCGCAAAGAGGUGAUACUGUGCGCCGGGGCGUUAAACUCACCGCAGCUGCUCAUGUUGUCGGGCGUGGGCCCGGCCGAACACCUGACCGAAAUCGGCGUGCCCGUCGUCAGUAACCUCCGGGUGGGAUACAACUUGCAGGAUCACGUAUCCAUGGCCGGAUUAGUAUUCCUAGUCAACCAGUCGGUGACCAUCGUCGAGAGCAGGUACCGGCACCCCAAGUACCUGGUCCAGUACACCUUGGACGGUGACGGUCCGCUGACCGUGCCCGGUGGUGCCGAGGCGGUUGCGUUCACCGCCACGCGGUACGCGACCAACGGGUCCGUGGUACCUGACAUGGAACUGGUGUUCGGGCCCGGAGCUCUGACCGGUGACACGGGAGGCUCAUUGCACCGUUUGUUCGGCAUGCGCGAAGACUUCUACGAACGGGUGUACGGUGGAUUCCGCGGCCGAGACGCUUGGGGCCUUGUGCCCAUACUGCUACGACCCCGCAGCCGUGGCAGAGUCAUGUUGCGAUCGGCCAACCCGUUUCACGCGCCUUUGUUUUUCCCCGGAUACCUGUCCAACACCCACGACCGCGCCGUGCUCGUCGAAGGCAUAAAACAGGCCAUCGCUGUGAGCAAAACUCAAGCAUUCCAAAAAUACGGAUCCACCCUGUUGUCAGUGCCAUUCCCGGGCUGCGAACACGAGCCGUUCGGGUCGGAUGCGUACUGGGAUUGUUGCAUUGGGCAGUUGACCACCAACCUUCACCAUCAGGUAGGCACGUGCAAGAUGGGACCGGCCUCAGACCUGGAUGCCGUGGUCGAUCCAAAGUUGAGAGUGCGCGGUGUUAAAGGACUCAGGGUAGUGGAUGCGUCCAUCAUGCCACUCAUACCAGGCGGUCACACCAACGCAAUAACAUUCAUGAUCGGCGAGAAAGCGGCCGACAUGAUUAAGGAAAACUGGAUCAAAUGAUUGAACCGAUUGUGUUACACUGUGGAUGUCAUAUCAUAUAUGCUACGGUAUGAGUGAUAAAUUUGAUGAUUGAACAAUCAUUUAUUUUUUUUUUUUUUAAAGUCUUACAUCAUACUACGUAUGUUGUUAUUGGACAAUGUAAACGUUCUGUGGAACAGAUUCAUCAUCGUCGAUACCUCUAUCAAUAUCCAUAUCAAUACUAGUGCAAAAUAAUACAUCGAUUGCACCAAUUUGAUUCAAUGAACACUAUUGUUCAAGAUUGUGUACGCUUUGAACUAUACAUGUAAAUAAGAAGAUUAAAAUUAUAUUAUCUAGUCAGAAAAAAAGAAAUAUGCAAUUUUGCUUCUAUGUUUUUAUGUAUAUU